CAGGGAACGAGAAGCCUGGCCUGGUCUGCUCUUCAUUCUCAGAGAAUACUUUCGCCGGCGACCGCGGUUGCUUUUGAAUUCAUCGCAAAAGCGAGAGACAGAGGGAGCGACGGGAACAGAUCGAUCUCGUGCCGGAAGAUCCGGCGGCGGAAACAACGGCGACGAGAGAACUGCUCAGGGACAGGGGAGAGAGAGAGAAUGGAAUUGGAGUAAAUCGGUGCGGUAUCCCGCUAAACCGCGCAUUCGGGAAACCGUAUGUUGGCACGCGAUUGGUUAGGAGGCCGGCGAAGCGAGAGGCACAGGAAAUCGCAGAUCCCCCCGGCAAUCGAGCGAUGAGUAGUUACAAGACGCUUCUCCGGCCGAGGCUCGAGGAUUUGGUGUUCGACUCGCUGAGUCAAAUCGGCCAGGAAAGAAAUUCUAGCAAUGACGAUGCUCUUUCCGAUGCCGAUUCCGUUAUCCUGAACGGCCCGGACAUCUUCGACUGCGAGAAUCAGGUGCGUUUCGUCAUGGAUUUGAUUCAUCAGCGAGUGGAACAGUCUCAGGUAAUGGGCCUCGAUUCACAUUUGGUUUCCGAGGCCCUGAAUGAAUCCGCAUUUGGUGUUAUUGGCGAAGAAGACGAUCAUAAUGCCAUCAGGAGCUUAGAACUCGAUUUAGGGUUAGGGUUUGGUCUAGGCACGCGCGAUUAUUUUGGGGGGUUCCAGGAUGUAUACGCCAAUGAUGAUACCAGUAACAUUGAGUAUCAUUGCAAUACUGUUCUUGAUGAUAUUAUCGAAGACGACAUGUUCUUCAUCAACAGGAGGGUUUCUGGGCUUGAAUCUCGGGUUGUUGGGUUUCACUCGGAUUCAGAGUCGGAGGAGAAUGAGAACUCUCUGCUAGCUCUAGAUUUUGGUUCUCCUGACGAAUAUGGAUUGGAUGAUGAUGUGCAUGUGGAAAGCGGUCACUAUGAUUAUGGCAAUGGAGAAGGCGAUGUUUUUGGUGAUGAUGAUGCGAGCAUUACGAUUCCCUUGCGUUGGAACUCACUUUCCUUGGAGGAUCAAAGAGAUCACGAGAAUGGAGAUUUUGAGUGGGAGGAAGUUGAUGGCCAUGUGGAUGAAAGAGAGGUCCUAAGCAUGUUUCUGGAAGAGGAGGAGGAGGACGAUGAUGAUGAUGAGGCCUCUGUAUCAUUCUCAAUCUCUCCAACCAUUUCUCCCGGGGAUAUGGUUAGUGUGGACAGGGUGGUCGGUUCGGGGAAUCUCGAGUGGGAGGUCUUGCUGGAUGCCACUAACUUGGGACCACUUCCAGACCCAGAUCAAGCAGCUCGAUACUUUGGUGGUGGCGGUGGUCAUGGUCACGACGACGACUAUAUCUACACAGCAGACUACGAGACGGUGUUUGGGCAGUUUGCUGAGAUGGACACCGUGCUUACGACAGGUCAGCCCCCUGCUUCGAGAUUGGUGGUCGAGAGGCUUCCCUCGGUGGUGGUGACCAAAGAAGAUGCUGGGAGUGAUAACUCGACAUGUGCUGUCUGUAAGGACGACAUGAGUGCUGGGGAGAAAGCGAAGCUGCUGCCUUGCUCGCACUGGUAUCAUGAGGACUGCAUUGUGCCUUGGCUUAAUAUCAGGAACACUUGCCCAGUUUGUAGGCAUGAAUUGCCUACUGACGAUCCCAAUUACGAGCGGAGGAAGAUGGUGGAAAGAUCGACUUCUGCUGCUGCUAGCCUUCAUCACCAUGUGAUCACGAUGUGAAGGGUAAUGGUUAACCUCGUCGUUGUUUGCUGCCAUGGAAGUCUCGUUCCAACGUUUUGGGCAGAGGGUGUUAGUUUUUGGAAUGUGUAUCCGUGUCAGAUAAGGAGUUACUGGCUUGCUUUUGUGACGAUUGCAGUAGUAGUAGUAGAAGAAUGCGUUUACUCUAUUGUACUCUCUGAAGGCCUUUUUGUUUCUGUUUUUCGUUCUUGUUCGUGGAAUAAUGUGAGAAAUGGUUUGUUGUUCUUGAAAAGUUAUUAGCUUACGAUCAUUGAACAACUCAAUUGUAAGCACAAGAAAAAGUUGUGAAACGUGAAAUUGUUGAAGUUAUAUCGAGGUUGAAUUUGUGAUUUUUGUAAAACGUCCAUUGUCAUCCUUGUAGCUUUCGAAUUCUUGUAGCCUUCGAAUUUUCAAUAUGAUAGAUGACUUUGUCAUGUCCCGAUCUCAUUCUCAGCAUAUCCAAGGUUUUGACGGAUGAUUCAAAUGCAAGUUUCACUUUCACGCAUGAAGAUCUUGUAUGUUCAAUUUUUUUUUUUUUUUUUUUUUUUUUUAGAAACAGAACUAAGUGAAGUAAGAUUUGUAAAAAGAACUAAGUGAAGUAAGAUUUGUAACAAGUAAACGAGUUAAACACCUCACUUGUGAAACACACGUUUCGUGUGAUCUCGUACCAUACAUAACCUGUUUUUUCAUCCGUUUGUGAGUUGUUUGAUGUCACUCGAGUUCUACACUCUACAUGUUAUUCGUAUUUUGUAAAGUCUAAAACAUUAUAUGAUUUGAUCAGACGAGUUCGAUUUAAAAGCAUAAAGUCUCUGUUAAUUUCACCGAAUUCAUACAAGAUAUUGAUUUCCAAUCUUCGUCUGAUUAUCUUCAAGACACAUAAUGUAAUAUUGUAAUAUGUAUGUAUAUGAUGAUGAAUAAAGAAGAGGAGGGUAUGCCCUGGUACUGGCGCCAAAUUCCCACAUCGGUGGAGAAUGGGAAUACAAAGUUGGAUAUUAACCCUAUUUCUCAAUUCAUCGAGUGCCGGGUUGCUUAACGAAAACCUGUGACCCAAGUGGGGGCAUUAAGAUGGUGUGAAGGAAGUUGGGCCGGGCCAGUUCUGCCUUAACCUUUGGGCUAUGAUGGGCCAGCCUAGUACUUCUUGUGGUGUCGUUUCGCCGACGAUUCGGUGAAAGUGUGCCGUAACGCUGGGAGAGGAAAUUUGGGCCGUCAAUGGACGGGCCCUACUGAAUCGGCCGUUCGUGAAGUUUCGUGAACGGUUCAGCUGAAUACCCCCGAGUCCAGGGCUCGGGGAUGAAACAAGCCCACUCCGAAAUGGAGAUGGGUUGGUGGGGCCCAAAAGAGGGUUCUCGCCGAUAGCCCUCCCAGAAGCUGGAUACUGGCACCUACUGCUGACUUGUCAGAGCAGCAAUUGGUGACAUCUCGAAGAAGUUGCGGAAGCCCAGCUUAGUCCCAGUGGAAAAGGUAGAAAGCCCAUGUGCGCACAGGCCCAAUUUCCAACCCCCAUCUUUUUUUCUGUUUGUGCGGGCCUUUAUCCCUUAGGCCCAAGAGGCCCAUGUCAACUGUGAAACCGUGUUGCUUGCUUCCAAAUGGACGCUUUGUUCUUAAUUAAUCUACAAAUCUCGUUAAUUAAUCAAUUAAUUAAUUGAUUAUCAUUAGUUUGAUUUCCUGACUCACGCGAAUUUCACGACUGGUUCCGUGAGCCAGCUAAGCAAGCAAGCCGACCCCACCCCACGCGCCUUCUCCCCCUCAUUUUGUGUAAUUCAAGCUUUAAGCAAUCCACUAAUCCCUCUUUAAUUAAUUACCUUCCCCAAUACGCUCCCUCCUGAUAAAAAUCCCUAAUUCUA